GCUGCCUGCGUUUAUCCUUGUCCUUUUUUGGAAUUCGUCGACUUUGUUCUUCUCCCUUUGCACAUUUAUUUCCAUAUUUCUUUUUUGUCGCUUUAUUCUAUCAGCAACAAUACUACCCCCUGGUUUAAAAUACCAGUACCCCGCCUCCUUUCGAAAUGACAGUUGUCGCCGCUCGACGAGCCAUAUCAGCUCUGGUUGUCUUUACACCACAAUACCGCUACAGUGUCAGGAACACCACAGCAACAGCAGCAGCAGGGAUCUUCAAGUACUCAACCUCCAGCCUCCAAUCUCAAUCUCAGCCGCAGCCGCAGCCGCAAUCAAUAUCCGAAAACUGUGGCAGUAAAGACAGGGAGCCCGUAGAGUCAGUGCUUCAAAGAAUCCUCGAGCCCGACCAUGCCCGAUCAAUCGGACUAUCAUCGGCCAAUGACCCACAGAUAAAGAGCAACAAUACAGUAACAGCUCUUGCCAAAAAUAACAGUCGAUUGAAUGAUCCGGACGCGAAGUCAAAGAGCCACACGGCCGAUUCUCUUAGCGAAGGCGAUGCGGGACCAGCGCCAGAAAGAACAUCCAAUAUUUGGUUAAAGAGUUCGCAGGCGAGCGAUAGCAUUCUGCGCUGGUUGCGCCACUUUGCUGCCACCGCCAGCACGAGGCAAACCAGCACCGGCGCUGCGGACACAAAGGGCUCAGCAACAGACCGUAUAAUGAGCGGCGCCUUUGGCCGAGCAGUAGAGUCAAGCCGCCAGACGCUCAGCCAGAUCCGUGGGCUACCAAAGGACGACGACUGGAUGACAUGGCUAGGCAAAGCGCUCAACCAGAUGACCGGAUACAACCGCAUCUUCGAUCUCAAAACCAAAGUGGAAGAAUCCGGCUCCAAAUUCAAAGCUGCGCGCCACGACUUGGACAAGAUAAAGGAGCUGCACGCGCGCACCGUGCAGGAGCGCAUUGCGAACCAACGCGAGAUUAACAGCCUCUUGCAGCGUAAGCACCUGUGGAACGAAGACGAUGUUGCUCGCUUCACCGGUCUCUACAAGGACGAGCACCAGGCGGAGAUGACCGAGUUAGCCGAGGCGCUGGUUGAUCGGCGGUACGAUCAGUUGGUGGAGACUAUCAGGGAGCGGUACCAUGAGGAGCAGAUUUGGAGCGAUAAAAUACGCCGUGCAAGUACGUACGGCACUUGGGCCGUGCUGUUUAUGAAUAUACUGGCGCUGUUUAUGGCUCAGGCCAUUUUUGAGCCGCGCAAGAGGCGCAAGAUCGUCGCCGGCGUCGACGAGAAGCUGACUGCAGCGAUUGGCGACCAACAAGCGAGGAUUGACGAUUUUGCCCAGGGUAUGUUGCAGCGCCAGGCUGAGCAUGAGCGCAGCAUUGCGGGCGUUGCCGGCCACUUGGCCAACGUCACUGCCGCCCUGGGCGUGAUUGCCACCAGGCAGGAGGCCGAGAUGAGCGCGACUGCUGAUCGUCUUUUGGGCUCGCCAUUACCAAUGCUGUCGUCAUCAUCCACGCUGCCACGAGGCGCUGCUGAAAAUGGCCUUAUUGCUUCGGUUCUUGCUGGCGACGACGGCGGUUACAGCGAUUCGGAGCUCGACAUGUACUACUCGCAUGCUGCAGCGGCACAGAGACAACGCAGCGCUGAUUCGAGUUGGAAGUGGAAGAGCAUGCUGUGGAAGGCAGCGCGGCCAAGCAAGCAUAGCGGCGCAAGCAAUGCACCGAGCAACGAGUCCGAACAAAACAAAGAGCGUGGGUUUACCAGAGCCGAGGCUGGCCAGCUGGCUUUGGAGACCGCCGCAGUCACUGGCAUACUGGCUGCCGCUGUGGCAUCGCUGUACUUUUCCUCCUAAUUCAUUUUGUUGUUAUUAUUUUGUAUUAUUGACAAAAUGUAGACACAACAGCAGUCCCUUUUUUCUUUCUCGAUAACAGAGCAAAUAAAUAAAUUGA